AUGACACAAUCAUUACGCCAUGAUACACAAGCUAGCAUCGACAUAGAUGCUCAUAAGAAACUUCUCUCAUGCAGUAUGUAUGAUGAAAGCAAGAAAUAUACGCCUCUUCUUUCUGAUCGAGAAACAGAAAAGGCCCUUAAAGAGAUCGAUAUGUUCUUUGGACAAGAACUUGAAAACACGCUAUCCUUGCAACGAAGAGCUGCGCCUCUUUUUGUUCUUUCUGAUUCGGGGAUCAACGAUGGCCUUAGCGGUUCGGAAAAGCCUGUUUCUUUUGAUCUCCGUUGCGCAUCUUCAGCGCAGAUUGUGCAUUCUUUAGCUAAAUGGAAGAGAAUGGCACUGUUUAGAUUUGGCUAUGAAGAAGGCUCUGGCAUAUACACCGAGAUGAAAGCUGUUCGCCGGGAUGAGGAUCUUUCUCCCAUUCACUCAUACUUAGUGGACCAAUGGGACUGGGAGCUAGUACUAACCCAAAAAAGCCGAACAAUAGAAUACCUUAAAUCUACUGUAAGAAAGAUCUACCAAGCAAUAAGAAACCUUGAAUCACACCUACACUCGCUCUUUCCCAGCCUCCCUCUCAAACUUCCAGAAGAAUUGACUUUUGUCACUACACAGGAGUUAGAGGACAUGUACACAAGCCUUUCUCCAAAGGAAAGGGAACGUGCUAUCUGCAAAAAGUAUGGCGCGGUGUUCAUUAUGCAGGUAGGAAAAGUUCUUAGCUCUGGAUCUAUUCAUGAUGCACGAGCACCUGAUUAUGACGACUGGGAACUAAACGGUGAUAUUCUAGUUUAUUAUGACGUACUAGGUCUUGGACUGGAGCUCAGCUCUAUGGGUAUCCGAGUAAACAGAGAAUCGUUGCAGAAGCAGCUUGCCCAUUGUGGACGGGAAGAAGACAUGAAAUACGAGUACCAUCAGCUAAUUGCGGCAGAGAAACUUCCACUUACUAUUGGUGGUGGUAUUGGCCGCUCUCGGCUAUCUAUGUUUAUCCUCAAAAAGCUUCAUAUUGGGGAGGUGCAGGCAUCGGUCUGGCCUGAGCAUAUAGUUAGUCUCUGUAAGGGGUAUGGCCUCUCAUUGCUAUAA